AUGACGGAAAACGCAGGAGCAACAUCCAGCUCAAAUGAUGCUGCUGACGCCGCCGCUCAGCGUGCAUCGGAGCAAGCUCGUCUCCGUCGAGAGCGUCGAGAAGCCAAGAUCAAAGCCGGCGGCGCAGCACGACUAAACAAGAUCAACGGCAUGGGCGGCCGCAUCGUAGGAGACAACGACCAAGCCACACCCGCCGCAGCAGACACAGCUUCACCAGCUCAAGAAACCACAUCGCCAUCGAAACCCGCAACCCACGGCGACCCAGACGAAGUCGACAUCUCCCAGCACUUUUACGAGCCCAAAACCACAACUCGCUCGGCGGCAUCACCUUCCCCUGCCGCUGGCGCCGAGCCCACCAUCUCGGAAGCCCAGCUCCGCCAAAUGAUGCUCGGCUUCGACCGCCCGUCCAACCCCAACACCCCCGGGUCCUCCACCCCAAGCGGCAUGCCCAACAUGGACGACGACCCCCUCAUGAAGAUGAUGACCCAAAUGAUGGGCCAGGCCGGCGCCGGCGCAGGCCCCGGAGCAUCCCCCUUCCCCGGAUUCCCCGCGCAAACCCAACCCGCCGUCCAGUCCACCUACCACACCAUCUGGCGGCUCGUCCACGCCCUCAUCGCCCUCACCCUCGGCCUGUACCUCACCAUGUUCACCACCUUCUCCGGCACCAAGAUCCAGCGCGAGGCCGCCGCCCUAGCACACGUGCAGCACACGCCUGCCGACGACCAAAACGAAGAGCACAAACGGAUGUUCUUCUGGAUCUUCGCCACCUCCGAGGCCGUCCUGCUGACGACGAGGGUCUUCCUCGACAGGGGGAGGGCGCCGCCGCCGGGUAUGCUCUGGACUGUUGUGGGGUAUGUGCCUGAGCCGAUUCGGGGCUAUUUGAGCGUGGGGUUGAAGUAUGGCCAGAUUUUUAGCACCGUCAGGACAGAUAUAUUGACGUGUAUGUUUGUCUUGGGCGUGUGUUCGUGGCUGAGGACUUGA